AUGCCGCAGGCGAGGGAGGCGCCAAUUUGCCGCCGUGAACCCCCGCCAACCGAAGAGGAUAGACGAUGGGGUCGCUCCAGAGCCCACCGGCGGUGCGCCGGCCGCCGUUGUUGA